AUGGAAGCUCUGAGAGUCAUGUCAAGGAUCAUAGAGCAAGUUUCAACAAAGCUAAAUACAUGUAAACUGGACCUUAUUGAACACAGACUCAGUGAACUGGAAAGGAAUGUCGGAAACGUAAACACAGAAUUGAAAGACAUGAAGGCCAAGGUCAACGGAGUCGAAGAAAGUGUGGUAUUUAUUAACAAGCAGUAUGAAGAUCAAACAAAAGAAGUAUUGGCUGUUAAAAAAUCUGUCUGUGAAAUAACAAAUGUUAACGAAAACAUCCUCAAAGAGUUGAGCCUUGUGAAAUCGGAAUUCGAGAAUUUAAACGAACGCCACUUAGACCUUCAAACACGUUCGAUGAGAGAUAAUCUUAUCUUUGAGGGAAUCCUCGAAACGCAAGAGGAAAACACAGAGGAGGUCUUAAGAGAAUUCUUAAAAUCAGAAAUGGGCAUAACGGAAGAGCCACAAUUCCAACGAGUGCAUAGACUGGGGAAAAGAGUGCAGGGACGUCACCGGCCAAUUAUAGCGAAAUUCGUCUUAUUCAAAGAGAGAGAAAAGGUCAGAAAAGCUGCUCCAUCCAAACUUGUUGGAAAACCAUUUGGAAUUAAUGAUCAGUUCCCAAAGGAAAUCAACGACCGCAGAAAACUGUUAUACCCUCAUUAUAAACAAGCAAAACGUCUCGGAAAAAAGGCUGUGCUGAUUGCAGAUAAACUUUUCGUGAAUGGGACAGAAAUCCCCCUUUCCUCGAUCCACAACCCAGUGUCAACACAGCGCACUGACCCGGAUACCGCAUACGGACCACGCCAAUCCGCAACGCGCAGCGCAAAUCGACAUGAAACCCGUUUUGCGACCACGCGCCGUUAG